ACUCCUUCACUACCGAGCCGCGAAAAUGUUGUCUUUGUUUAUCCUACCUACUCUACUGGCUUUUGCGUGUGGCGAGAGCGUCGUGAGCGUCGUGAGCAACCCUGCAGCUUUGACGUACACGGGAGCGACGAUCUCGAACGUCGGGCCACUCACCGCGAACGUCGCCUUGGCCGGUGUACCGCAAGGGCGGCCAGUCUACACACACACUCCCCAGAUCACUGAGCACCGAUUCAAGCAAAAGACGGUACACAGCCAGUAUAACGUGCCAGUGGAGAAGCCCGUAUUCAGGAAGCAGGUGGUGCAAGACGUGCACCACAACUACGUGGCCAAGCCCUACGCGGUACCCAAGCCCUACGCAGUGCCCCAGCCCUAUGCAGUACCUCAGCCCUACCCCGUGUAUCACCACGAGGUGGAGGUGAACCAGCCCGUUCAAGUUGUGCGUCAUCACACUCACCAACAGCAGGUGCAUCAUUUCCCGUUGGUUAAAACUGCUGAUGUGGUGCACCAACACUCGCCUGUGGUGCAUGUAGCACCAGUUGUACAACAGGUUGUGGCUGUACCGUAUGCAGCCCCAGUUUUCGCUAACGCUGCACAGCAUACGCGAACGGAAACAAUGCAGGCCCACUGAAGCAUUCCCACUACAUAGAGGGGCAAAACAAUAAGAAAUGAUCAAUCUUGAGACAAAAAUUAAUAAAAUAGCCUAAAGUCUUUCUUAUACCUUGAGCAAUUAUCGUCCAAAGCAACUCUCCACGUAGACCAUGCAGUAACAAAUGUUUCAAAAAUACUGCAAUAAUGACAGCGAAACGCCGGCGUUUGCAAAUUGAGGCUAAGAAUAAAGAUUAAAAAAAUAGGUAUCUAGUAAGAUUUCAAGUGUUUUCUCAAAUAAAUGAAAAUGAAUCGAGACCAAGCUCUAUAUUUUUUCAUGUUAUCAAGUGCUUUAUUACUGUUGUAUUAGUGUAGAUAAUAAUAUUCUUAAACACCCGAUUCUAGAACUGCAUGUCCAAUGUGCGUGAAUUGAGUCAUUACGGCGGAGGAAUAAAACUUGUGUUUACCCUCUCA